AUGUUCUUUAAAAGUAAUAUAUCCAGUCUAAAUAGUAGAUUACACGUAUUGGUGCAAAAAUGUAGCUUGAGAACGCGUUCCGUUGUAGGAAACGCGGAACAUUCUCAUUAUGUAGUUACUAACCCUAAAACAUCGCAAAACUGGCCCCCAAAACAUGAUCAUGGAUCUCCCAUGACUCGCACAAAGUGUAGACACAUCAUGAAUGAACUUAACCUCUUGGAAAUUAACAGAAUGGAAAAGUUACGGAAGUUUAAUAUGCCUGAAAUACGUCUGGGUGAUUUGGUCGAGGUCAAGUAUGAAUUAUCACGCACUCAGCAAACCUAUGCUAUAUUUCAAGGGUACUGUAUAAAGACAUCUAAAAAGGGUCUCAACUCAUCAUUUAGCCUAAAGAAUGCAUUCGACGGUGUUGGAGUUACACAGUUGGUACCUUACUAUUCUCCUCGUUUGCUAAAUGUCAAAAUAAUGAAAUCUAUAAAGGGAAGGGGUUCUGUAGUUCGUGAUAAACCCAUAACUAGAGACUAUCGGUAUAAAUUCCAUCUAAAUGUACGUCACCGUUUUUCCAAACGGAGUGGUGUGCAUAAGCCUGGUAUAAGAUCAUUCGAGAUUAGGCUCAAAAACAGAAUAUCACGCCUGAAAAUGCAAUACUACCAGCUCCGUCUAGAAGCAGGUUUACCGCCAUAUAUUUGGGGAGGACCAUAUAAUCUAAACACCAGAAGAAGAAAAAGACUUGUCCGAGGUGAAACUUACAGAAGGAUCCAAAUAUAUGGAAUGGAUGAGAAGCGAGCCAGAAGUGAAAAAUUAAGAAAAAGACGUGAAAGAAGUCGUUGGGGAAAUUACAAGGUACUUUUUAUAUAUGUUAAACACGAUUCUUCAGUUGCCAGGAUUGUCGUAUCUUGA